AUGGAAGGUAUUGAAAUUAGUGAUUCAAAUAAAUGGAAAAAGGAUGAAGAAGAAGCAUUGAAAUGGGAAGAUAAUGAUCAUGAUAUUGUUCAAACUUAUAAUAAUAAUGUUAUAAGAAGAGGAAGUGAUGAUGAAAGAAUAAUUAGUCUUAGCAUGGAAGAGAAAAGGAGUUUGUUGGAUAGGCUUAUGAACAUUCCUCAAGAAGAAGAAGACAAUCACAACUUCUUGUUAAAGCUCAAACAACGCUUUCAUAGGGUUGGGAUUGAAUUUCCGAAAAUCGAAGUUCGUUUCGAACAUUUAAAUGUAGAAGCAGAAGCGUAUGCGGGGACAAGAGCAUUGCCUACAAUGUUCAACUUCACAAUCAAUAUGAUUGAGGGUGCCUUGAAUUAUUUCCAUGUUCUUCCAAAAAGAAAAAAGUCAUUUUCAAUUCUGAAUGAUGUUAGUGGAAUCAUCAAGCCUGGAAGAAUGACACUACUUUUAGGGCCGCCAGGUUGCGGCAAGACAACGUUGCUACUAGCUUUAGCUGGAAAGCUAAAUUCAGAUGUUAAGGUUUCUGGGAAAGUAAGUUAUAAUGGGAAUGGAAUGGAUGAAUUUGUACCAGAAAGAACAUGUGCAUAUAUAAGUCAAGAUGAUGUUCAUCUAGCAAAUCUAACUGUGAGGGAGACUCUUGAAUUUUCAGCUAGAUGUCAAGGAGUUGGACCUCGUUACGAGAUGUUGGAAGAGUUGUUAAAGAGAGAAAAGGAAGCAAAUAUAAAGCCAGAUCCUGAUAUUGACAUGUUUAUGAAGGCAGCAUCAGUUCAAGGGAAAGAGCCAAAUAUAAUAACAGAUUAUACACUCAAGAUAUUGGGUCUUGAGAUAUGUGCUGAGACACUAGUUGGUGAUGAAAUGGUACGAGGAAUUUCUGGUGGACAGCUAAAGAGACUCACCACAGGAGAGAUGAUGGUUGGACCAGCAAGAGCUCUAUUUAUGGAUGAAAUAUCAACUGGAUUAGACAGUUCAACAACCUUCCAAAUCGUCAAAUCCAUUAGACAAUCCAUCCACAUUCUUAAGGGAACUGCUCUUAUCUCCCUUCUGCAGCCUGCACCAGAAACUUAUGGCCUUUUUGAUGACGUGAUUCUUUUGGCGGAUGGGCGAAUUGUGUAUCAAGGUCCACGUGAACAUGUUCUUGAAUUCUUUGAGUAUGUGGGGUUUAAAUGUCCUCGGAGAAAGGGAGUAGCUGAUUUCUUGCAAGAAGUGACCUCUAGGAAAGAUCAGGAGCAAUACUGGGCAAGGACAGAUGAGCCAUACAAAUUUGUUUCAUCCAGGGAGUUCUUUGAAGCAUUUCAGUCCUUCCAUGUCGGACGCGUACUUGCAAAUGACCUUUCUGUUCCUUUUGACAAGGCCAACAAGAAUCCUGAUGCUCUAACCACCAACAAGUAUGGCGUUAAAAAGAGGGAUCUUUUGAAAGCUUGCAUGUCAAGAGAAAUCCUUCUCAUGAAGAGAAAUAUAUUUGUCUACUUGUUCAAGAUAAUACAACAUCUGUUAUUGGCUUCUAUAACAAUGACACUGUUCCUGCGAAUCAAGAUGCCGAAGGAGACACAGACAGAUGGAUUCAUCUUCAUGGGUGCAUUGUUCUUUACAGUAAUUGCAGCUAUGUUCAAUGGGUGCUCAGAGGUUCCUUUCACUAUCUUGAAGCUUCCGGUCUUCUUCAAGCAGCACAACCUUCUCUUCUUUCCUGUAUGGGCUUAUACUUUGCCUGCAUGGAUAGUCAAGAUCCCAAUCUCAAUUAUCGAGUCUUCCAUUUGGGUUUCUAUCACAUACUAUGCAAUAGGAUUUGAUCCAAACAUUGUAAGGUUUUCCAAGCAGUUAUUUCUAGUGAUAUGUGUUGACCAGAUGGCUUCUGGAUUAUUUCGCUUCAUGGCAGCUGUUGGAAGGAAAAUGAUAAUCGCAAACACAUUGGGAUCGCUUGCAUUACUUCUUGUUCUUGUAAUGGGUGGAUUCAUAAUGGAUCGAGAUGAUGUGAAAAAAUGGUGGUUAUGGGGUUACUGGUGCUCUCCGAUGAUGUACGCACAGAACGCCAUCACUGUAAAUGAGUUUCUCGGCAAUAGUUGGAGUAAUAAUGUUCCUGACUCAACAGAUACACUAGGAGUUGUAGUGUUAAAGUCUCGGGCAAUGUUUCCUGAUGCACACUGGUACUGGAUUGGAGUAGGCGCAGUGCUAGGAUACGUUGUAUUUUUCAAUUUUAUGGCUACGUUGGCCUUAACUUACCUCAAGCCAUUUGGAAAAUCUGGUGCAGUUUUACCUGAUGAAAAAGGCAAAAGAACUGCACCUAUUCGAGAAACCAAGUCAAUCAAGAAGGGAGGGAUGAUUUUACCAUUUCAACCUCUUUCGCUAGUUUUUGAUGAUAUCAGAUAUGCAGUCGAUGUGCCUCAGGAUAUAAAACCUCAAGGUGUUUUGGAGGCCCGGUUAGAGCUUUUGAAGGAAAUUAGUGGUGCUUUCCGUCCAGGAGUCCUUACAGCUCUAAUGGGUAUUAGUGGAGCUGGAAAAACCACUUUGAUGGAUGUUUUGGCUGGUAGAAAGACACAUGGAUAUAUAGAAGGAAGCAUAACUAUAUCAGGAUAUCCGAAGAAGCAAGAAACAUUUGCACGAAUUGCAGGAUAUUGUGAACAAACAGAUAUUCAUUCUCCUAACCUUACAGUACAUGAAUCAUUGCAAUUUUCAGCAUGGCUUCGAUUGCCUCAAGAAGUUGACAGCGCAACUAGAAAGAUGUUCAUUGAAGAGGUGAUGGAUCUUGUGGAACUAACCCCACUGAAGGAAGCACUUGUUGGAUUACCCAGUGGGAGUGGUCUUUCGGUUGAGCAGCGCAAACGACUUACUAUAGCUGUUGAGCUUGUUGCCAAUCCAUCUAUAAUAUUCAUGGAUGAACCAACCUCAGGCCUUGAUGCUAGAGCCGCUGCAAUUGUCAUGAGAACAGUUAGAAACACAGUUGAUACUGGCCGAACAGUCGUAUGUACCAUCCACCAACCCAGCAUUGACAUCUUUGAUGCAUUUGACGAGUUGGUGCUUCUAAAACAAGGAGGUGAAGAAAUCUAUGUUGGUCCAUUAGGCCAUCAUUCGUCCGAGUUAAUCAAAUACUUUGAGGGAAUAAACGGAGUACCUAAAAUCAAGGAUGGUUAUAAUCCUGCCACUUGGGUGUUAGAGAUCACAUCAAAAGCACAAGAAGCUGCCCUUGGCGUUAAUUUUGCAGUACUAUAUAAAAGCUCAGAACUAUACAGAAACAAUAAAUCUUUGAUCAGAGAAGCAAGUAUAUCAACCCCAGGUUCAAAAGAAUUGAAUUUUUCGACUAAGUACUCGCGAUCUUUCUUCAACCAAUGCAUAGCUUGCCUUUGGAAACAGCAUUGGUCCUAUUGGAGAAAUCCAUCAUACACUGCUGUGAGAAUUCUUUUUACGUCAUUUACUGCCCUCAUGUUUGGAACAGUUUUCUGGGAUCUUGGCUCUAGAAGGAGAAGGAAGCAAGAUCUUUUUAAUGCUGCAGGUUCCAUGUAUGCAUCUGUUCUAUUUCUCGGUAUACAAAAUGCUUCCGUAGCACAGCCAGUUGUUUCCAUUGAGAGAACAGUCUUCUAUAGAGAAAGAGCUGCUGGCAUGUAUUCAGCUUUUCCAUAUGCUUUUGGUCAGAUUGUGAUUGAGCUUCCUUACAUUUUAGUUCAAACAGUUGUGUUUGGCGUGAUAGCAUAUGGCAUGAUAGGAUUUGAAUGGACAAUAGCCAAGUUCUUUUGGUAUCAAUUCUUCAUGUUUUUCACCUUGUUAUACUUCACACUUUAUGGGAUGAUGACAGUAGCUGUUACUCCAAACCUGAGUGUUGCUGGAAUAAUAUCAAAUUUCUUUUACGCAAUGUGGAACCUCUUCUCCGGUUUUGUUGUUCCCAAAACAAGGAUUCCAAUGUGGUGGAGAUGGUACUAUUAUGUAUGUCCUGUCUCAUGGACAUUGUAUGGAUUAGUUGCUUCUCAGUUCGGGGACUUAACGGAUGAACUUGAGGAAAAUUUAACACUCGAACAAUUCGUGAAGAGUUAUUUUGGAUUCGAGAGUGAUUUUGUGCCAUACGUUGCCAUCAUUGUCAUCGCAUUUUGUAUCCUCUUCGCCUUCAUUUUUGCCUUCUCGAUCAAGGCUUUUAACUUCCAGAGAAAAUAAACAUGUCAUUUUCAGCUUAAUUUACAGGAAACAGGCUUCAACUAAUGGCCUAAUGCUUCUCUGCUUCAAUGUCAUAUGGACAAUACAUUUCUCAACUAUACUCAACUCUUGUACCUUAUACAAAA